UAAGACUUUAUGCUUAACAGUGUAAAAGUACAAAGAGAAGAACAAUCUUGCUAGCAGUGGUUCGCACUGUUUCCUCACAGCAUAGAAGGUCCUGAGUUCACUUCCACCAUCAGGUGUUUUUACAUCUUCUCCCCUGUUUGCGUUGGUUCUCUCGGGCUUCUUCCUACAGUCCGAAGACGUUGGGUGAGGUUAAUUGGUGAUUCCAAAAUUGCCCAUAGGUGAAUGUGAGUGCGAAUCGUUUUUUGUCUCUAUGUUUUAGCCCUGCGACAGACUGGCGACCUGUCCAGGGUGUACCCCGCCUCUCGCCCUAAGACAGCUGGGAUAGACUCCAGCGACCUCGAAGAGAAUGGAUGGAUAAUGCAAUAUUUAAAUUCGGACCCAAACUCCAUACCAGCUGGUGGCGCUUUUUUGAUGUUCGCCCAAUACAGAAGAAGAAAAGGUAGAAGCGGAAGAGAAGCCGAAUGUAGCUCAUUAGCUACCUAGCUAGGUCACUUUUAAAAACUCUAUUUAUAUGUUAUUUUUAAAAACACCGGAGAUGGAAGAUUAAACCUUUUGAGCGGUGGAUCUCGCUUUGAGGUGACACCAUGCUCCAAGAGCCUUUAGCAACUGAAAAUCGACACGUUUGACUAAGAAGUUGUUGCCACUGCCGCCAUCAUGGGGACAACGAUGAGCGAGCCGUGUAUUUAUGAUAAACUGUCCGAGAGCAUCAACAUCCUCCGUCAGUCGGGUUACCGCUAUGGAAUGUCGGAGAGGGAGAUCGAGAGGUUCAUCAAGCAGGUCCUGGAGACCAACGAGCCCAGAAGAGAGCCCCCACAGUUCCCCAUCCUGAGAGCCACCAUCAAGUUUGUGGUGGCUGUUGGCUUCCUGCUGGUGGUGGUGCUGGCCUUCACCUACCCCCAAAAUGCCCCCCAGCUGGGACUGGUCAAUCUGGGCUACUAUAACUGGUCGUCCCCUCUCAGCCACGUCCGCCUGCUCUCCCUACCCAUCGCCAAGAAGUACAACCUGCAAGGUUUCCAUGAGUGGUGGAGCGCCGGCGCUCUCAGGCAAAAUCUUGUCAACUGUUCAGGCUGUGCGGAGAUUUCCUCAGUGUUGGAAGUCCCUGAGAGCCUCAGAGGGACGGUCACUCUGCGACGAGGGCCUCAGCUUGUCCUGCUGAAGGGCGGGGAGUCCCUCAGCGUCCAGCGGCAGCAGCUCGAGGAGCUCUACCUGGCUCAUUCGGGCUCCAUGUCCAUCCUGCUGGAGGAGGACGACGGUCUGCACAACCACAACGUCGGCCUCCCUCAGGGACCUGCCAACUUCACGCUGCUCUGGCGGUUCAGCUCUGGGACCAGGGAGAAGGUGCUGAGGUGGCUCUUCCCAAAGGCUGAGCUCUGCCCCCUGCUGGACAGCGCUGGGACCAUCCUGCAGCGCUGCCUGGUCACCCACAGCACAAACUCUCAGAGCAAGGGUGUCAGGGUGUUGGGCUGGCUGGUGGUGGGCGAGGGGCUGCCAACCGUUCGAGUUCUGCCCGUUCAGCGCUGCCAGAAACACUGCAGCUCCUUUAACCUGUGGCUGACGCCGGGAGACAUGGUGUACGCUGACCCUCGGUACUGGCAGAUGGAGCUCUUUCCUGGUCGAGGCCAGAACAUCAUCUGUGACGGGUCGACCUUUUAAAACUUCAGGAGGCGCCAAGGGAAGAAGGGCGGAGUUCAGGACUGAGGCGUGACAUGGAGAUCAUCUGCCUUGCUCCACCUCUGCCCACUGAUGCCUUACAAAGUCCCAAUCUUUUUAUUAUUAUUACUUUUUCCUGGUACCCCUUCUUUCAUCCUCAGAGAGCUGAAACAACUGCACACGUGGAGGUUUGAGGACUGAAAAGUGACUCAUUUAGUUUACCAGCUGAACGUAAUCUCGUGCCAUAGCUCCACACAGAUAUCUAGAUUUAAAAAAACAAACAAAAGAAAUGUUUGUUUCUCUGUAGGUUGCCCGCUCCCAGGUCUCUGAAUCACCGCCAACACCUCCGACAUGUUCAGCGAUUUUAAAAUAUCUGCUGUUGUCCUUGUUGGUUGGAGAAAACAAAGUUAUAUUUUGUGUCAAAGCCAGAAAAAUGUCUUCAGGUGUGACUCUUUACAGUGAUGAGGGUCAAAUUUAUGAAUAAUGACUUUUAAAUGGAGUCCUCUUAAGAGACUUGUGGUUUCAGAUAUUGAGUCACAGCUGAUUGGUCAGCCGGAGACAAGCCAAGCACCAUGUACAAUGGAAGAACGAAGAGAAACAAAAUUAGCGCUUUGCCUAUUGGCUGUGUGCAGCUGACCCCAGGCUGGAUUAACCUAAACCUUGUGGCUUUUUAAUCUGUAAUAACUGAUUAAUUGAUCAAUCUGAAAUGAAACUGGGAGUAAUCAAAGUAGAACCAGUAGCAACGCAGGUGAUGCCCACAGCUCCCUUUCUUCUUCUUCUCCUAACACCUGCUUAAGUUUUUGCACUUUCUGGGAACUUUAAGGAACUUUGGUGUCAUUUGGAUUCAUGUGGAUGUGGUAAAAGAGCCGGACUGUGAUCAGAACUUCCAACCGCUAACAAACUCAGAUGGAGAGGAAAAACUCAUCGAGCUGCUCAGUGCAGGAGCAAACCCAGAAACUUAAAAAACAAACAUUUUCCAGCAAUUGCCACCUGUUCUGACGCACCUGCAGCUUCUGCCCUUUAUUUGGUUCUUUUGAUUAUGUUAAAGGGACAGUUCACCCAAAAAUUUUAAAACCACGAUAUUCUCAGUUACAUAUCAUAGUACCUAAAACAGUCUGCCAUUUGAACUGCGUUUUAGGUUUUUCUGUAUUUCGGUAAUUUUUUUAAAGUGGACCCAUUACUUACUGACAUCAUAGAGAUCUCAGACUAGAAGAAAUGAAAAUGACAUGUGCAUAUAUAGGGAUCCUUAUUGGAAAAUUGGCCACUUUUAAUAUGACCAUCCUUCAUUUUAACAAUAAAUGUGGUGGAAAACCAGGAAAAUUGGGAAAGGCUUAAUUUAAACGAAUCUCUCUAUAUUACAAGUUUUUGCCAAAUGUAAACUUAACACUGAAAUUCUCUCCUUCUUUUCAAUCUCUCCUGAAAAACGUUUUUAAAAAAAAAAACUUUUUUUGGUCACAUUUGAGCAUUUUACAAAAGUGUUUUUAACCUGAUUAUGAGAUAUUAUGAGUUUUACCAUUUGUAAAGCUGCUGAAGAUUAAGUACAGAUAUAGAAAGUACAUCUUUAGUUUUAGUUUUUUAUUUUUGCCAUCUCUGCCUCAACACAAGUUUUAGACCUGUGAGAGAAUAUAUGGGUGAACUGGCCCUUUAACAUCCAGUUUGCAACACUAAGGCACCACACAGCAGCAGACGGGAGACAUUUUAUUGAUAACACAGACAAAAGCUCUAAUUUCAUUGUCGCUAUUUAUUGUUAUGGCUGUAGAGAAUUCGAACUAUUAAUUUUAAUAAUAAAGUGUUGUAAUAUUAUAUUUUUGAUUAUUACGUGGGAUCAUUAGCACAGACAGAGCAAGAGCGGAGGAUGUAUUUUGUGCUUAUCAGGGUUUAAAAGUCUGAAUAAUGUCAAGUAAGUUUGCCAAAGUUUCUGCAUUUUAAAGAUUAAUUCCCUCGGCUUGUUUAAGAGUUUUAAAUUUCCAGCAAAGCAGCUGAAGCUAAGUCAGGGGCUGCAUCUUUUGAAAUGUUUGCUUUGCAUAGAGAUGUAACACUUUUAUGAGAAAAUUAAAACCUAUCGUGUAUUAUUUGCUUC